UCAGCAGCCGCUGGGCCAUGGCAAAGCUACCCACUUUAUGUGCUUUCUCUUUCCCUCUCAACCUUCUACUUCAAGUCUGCACUGUGCAUAUAAGCCAGCCUUUGUAUUUCUUCAUUUUCACUCAUACUUGUCUCUCCCACUCCAAUCUCCAUCACUGCUUAGUAUUUUGCUUGGUUAUUUUGUCAGCUCUGAGAGAAACCCUUUUGCCCAAAAGGAGGAGGCCACUUCUUUGGGUAUUGCAGUACUAGUUCGAGGCUUUGAGCAUUGAGCAUGGGUUCAGGAGUUUGGUUUAAGAAUAUAAUCAGCAAAAAGAAAGUGAAGGGUGGGAAAUCAGGGAAAGUCAAGAGAUAUUCAUCCCUUGAACACAUAGAUGGCUGCAAAGAGGAUCUUUGCUCUCUAAAAGGGUGUAUAACAGUAGCCAAUGGUGCUUGUCUCGACAAUCAGGGCAGUGUUGGUCUCUCCAGAGAAUAUGUUGCUGCUAGAAUGAUUCAGACUGCAUACCGUGCACAUGCUGCACGGAGAAGUCUUCGUCGAAUGAGAGGAACUGUAAGGUUACAGAAGCUGGUACAGUGUGAUUCCAUUAAGAAUCAAGCCUCGGCUACAUUGAGUCACCUGCACUCAUGGACCAAGACACAGGCCCAGAUUAGAGCACGUCGUGCUAAUAUGGUUAUGGAAGGCCGGCUUAAGCAGAAGAAGCUGGAGAAUCAAUUGAAGCUAGAAGCAAAACUUCAUGACUUUGAGGUGGAGUGGAAUGGUGGUUCUGAAACAGUGAGUGAAGCUCUUGCAAAAAUACAUCAUAGAGAAGAAGCAGCGGUGAGAAGGGAGCGAGCUCUGGCAUAUGCCUUUACUCAUCAGUGGAGGGCCAACACAAUCCCAAGUUUCGGACCAGGCAAUAAAGAACUCAGUAAAGAAAACUGGGGCUGGAGCUGGAUGGAUCGUUGGAUAGCUGCUCGGCCUUGGGAAAGCCGAGUUGAAGUGCUUAACAGCCCCCAAAAAACACAGCUGGCCACCCGACACCCAAAACUGAUCUCUCCUAAUGGAAAGGCAGUUAAAAAGACCAUUUCCCCUACGAGCAAGGCGCCAGGAAAGGCCAAAUUGAUCUCUCCUAAUGGGAAGGCUGCCAGAAAUGCACGCAAACUGUCUUACGACGCAGCUGCUGUUAAAAAAGUGAGCGUGAAGAGUGAAGAGAAGGAAAAGAAGAAUGAAAAGGAAAGCUCUUAACUCCAGUUGCUUCAUUCUGAAGUGUUGCAGGAGAAGUUAGCAAAUGCAUAUGAUAUCAGAUCAACGGGAAAAUCGAGUUGUGUUUACGGUUUGACUUGCUAAGUGUGGGUUGUGCAUUUGCAGAUGAGUUUGUCAAAAGGAAAAAACUGAAGCAGAAAGGGGAUUUGAUCUGAGCUCGGCCUGCAGGAAAUACUCUCUUUUCUCUCUUACAUUACUGUGAUUUUUUUAAGUUAUUGUCAUAUAUAUUAAUAUAUGUAAUUAAUCGUUAAUUCAGUAUUCGUAUUUGGAAGCGUAUAUAUUUAUGUUGGUCUUGUACUUGGAAACCGAUGAAAGGAUUUUGUGGUGAGAUGGUUUCGUUUGUAAAUUGUAUUGUUUUCUUUUUGUUUAUUAUAUGAGCUAUAGCUUUUGGUA